GUUCCCUCCAGCAGCAGAGAGCUUCAUUUUCUGAUCUGCUUUUGUGCUAAAAUGGAGGCUGGCCUCUCGCCCUGAGUGGAUCGCCUUCCUGGUUGAGGUUUAGAUGUUGACAUGCAAUAAAUCUGGAGACAGGAUGGUUGUGGAUGCACCUAAUUCCAAUGGGCCUUUUCAGCCGGUGGCUCUUAUGCACUUCAGAGAUGUGGCCCCCGCGGAGCAGGAGAAGCUCUUCAUCCAGAAGCUACGACAGUGCUGCGUUCUUUUCGACUUCCUGUCUGACCCGCUGAGCGACCUGAAAUGGAAGGAAGUGAAGCGGGCGGCGCUGAGCGAAAUGGUGGAGUACAUCACCCACAACAGGAAUGUCAUCACAGAGCCCAUCUACCCGGAGGUGGUGCACAUGUUUGCAGUGAAUAUGUUCAGAACAUUGCCUCCGUCGUCCAACCCUACCGGCGCAGAGUUUGAUCCAGAAGAAGAUGAACCAACACUUGAAGCGGCGUGGCCACACCUCCAGCUCGUCUAUGAAUUUUUCCUUAGGUUUUUAGAAUCGCCCGACUUUCAGCCGAACAUAGCAAAGAAAUACAUUGACCAGAAAUUUGUUAUGCAGCUCCUAGAACUAUUUGACAGCGAGGAUCCCAGAGAGAGGGACUUCCUCAAAACUACACUCCACAGGAUCUAUGGAAAGUUCUUGGGGCUGAGAGCGUACAUCAGAAAACAGAUCAAUAACAUUUUCUAUAGGUUUAUCUAUGAGACAGAGCACCAUAAUGGUAUAGCUGAACUACUGGAAAUACUUGGAAGCAUAAUCAAUGGAUUUGCCUUACCACUAAAAGAAGAGCACAAAAUUUUCCUGUUGAAGGUUUUAUUGCCUCUGCACAAAGUCAAAUCACUCAGUGUCUACCAUCCACAGCUGGCUUACUGCGUGGUGCAAUUUUUGGAAAAGGACAGCACUCUAACUGAGCCAGUGGUAAUGGCUCUACUAAAGUACUGGCCAAAGACUCACAGUCCCAAGGAAGUGAUGUUCCUCAAUGAGCUGGAGGAGAUCCUGGACGUCAUCGAGCCCUCUGAGUUUGUGAAGGUGCAGGAGCCUCUGUUCAGACAGCUGGCCAAGUGUGUGUCCAGCCCGCACUUCCAGGUGGCCGAGAGAGCUCUGUACUACUGGAACAACGAAUACAUCAUGAGUCUGAUCAGCGACAAUGCAGCGAAGAUUCUGCCGAUCAUGUUCCCCGCUCUGUACCGCAACUCAAAGACCCACUGGAACAAGACCAUCCACGGCCUCAUCUACAACGCUCUGAAGCUUUUCAUGGAGAUGAAUCAGAAGCUCUUUGAUGAUUGCACACAGCAGUUCAGGGCUGAGAAAAACAAAGAGAAGGCAAAGUCAAAAGAACGCGAGGAGGCUUGGAUCAAGAUCGAGAACCUUGCCAAGUCAAAUCCACAGUUCUCUAUGUAUGUUGAUUCCUCUGACCUCAAUAGUCCUGUAGCAAUGGAGACGGAUGUCCCUUUGAUAGAAGAUGUUCAGAGGUUAAAAAAGACAGUUGAGGAGGGCGCGACUCAGUUGCAGCAUGACCAGCGGAAAGAGCGGCCCAUGGUGCGACGUAAAUCUGAGUUGCCUCAGGAUAUCUACACCACAAAAGCCUUGGAGUCCCACCGCAGAGCUGAAGACAUGUUGACCACCCACGAUGGGCUCUAGGUCCCCGCCACCUGCCGGCUCUUGGUCCAACUGCCCCCUUUUACCCUCGACAGCCAUGGACAUCCUUCCUCUCGGGCCCUGGGGGAGCGCCAGAAUUACACCGGCGACCCAUGCUGGUCUCUCAUCCCUCUUCCCGCCAUCAGUUUACCCAGAAUCCUUAGUUCUCUUUCAUUCCUGCUGCUCAAGUGCAGAAGCCCUGUAUCUCCCACCUCCCUCAGAUUUCUGCUUUCUCAGGUUUUUUUCUUUAUUUGAAGAGGAGCGGGAGUGUGUCUGUGUGUCUUUAAGCCCUCGCCACAUUCAGUCUGUUCUCCCAUUACUUUCCCUUCGAUUCCUCUCACCUUCCUUUUUCCACCCACCCCCACCCCCACCUGUGCACUCACUGUAAAUGUGGAACCUGAGAGAGUUCGGACACCACAACGCUGGUUCCUUCAUUCCUUCGAUCGGACAUGGUUACAUAGGAACUGACUGACUCACUGUCUAAGGAUCGUCUCUUGGUCUCUGCUUGGUUUUCUUUUCUGUCAAAGGGAACAAAAACAGAACCUGUUGGUUAAAAGAAAGACAAGACUUUCCUGUCAUCUGUUGUUUGUUUUCUUUAUUUUAUUCUAUUUUUUUGCUCAAUCUAACGGACAUCUUAUCAGUGCCAAGACUGUUGUGUUCUUUACGUUUGUUUUGUUUCAUAUUUUUAUCUGUGACUUUAACAGGGACUCUUGCCUUUGUUUCCGGUCACUGGUGUUUGAAAGAAUUUUUUUUUUUUAGUUUAGCACAUUUAAGACCAAACUGAGGCCUGUCCUUAGCCUUGCAAUGUCCAGGAAAGAUGGCGAGGAAAGGGGAAGUUGUCCUGUGGACAUCUGACACUUUCCAUUUUAUUGUUUUGUGCCAUAUACCGCUCUUUUAUAUGCUUGCUUCCUUUCAUUCAUUGGCAAUAUCUGAAAACCAGACCAUAGUGAUGCCUAGACGGUUCAAACAAUGGUACUUACUGUGUUUUGAGUUUAGUAAAUGAGGAUGAACCUGAAUGAAAACUGGGUGUAUAUGCCACCUACGUUGCAGUAGCAAGAUACUGGGCUUUGCACAUAAUGGCUUCAUGCUAAAUAGGAGGAUUGAGAGCAUGGCUGUGUGAUGUUCAAGGUUAGUGUUGGGUGAUAUAUAUGCUGAAAAAUGAAUAGGGGUGAUUAUCUGUGUAAAGGAAAUAUAAUCAGAUGAUUUUUUUCUGUUGGAUGGGAGAGGAGGCACAGUUCUGUACUGUCACACACGUUUGUGUGUUUUAACAUCUAAAAACUCAGCUCACUGAUGGUUUUUAGCAGCCGUUGCUACGUUAGGACCUGUGCUCAUUAUGUUUCUUCUUAAAGAGCAUGAAGGUAUAUUGGUAUUGUUUGCUAUAAAGACUUGUUAUUAAUUAAAAAUAGAAUUAAUUUAUAUCAAAUAUAAGAGCUGGUAACCUUAGUAGCUAAUGACAUACUUAUAUCUAAUGUUUAACACAGAAAUGACUUGAUGAGAGCUACCAAAAAAUGACUUCCUUCAAUUUAAAUUUAAAUUAAAGGUGUAGCAUGUUUGUGUUGCUACCAUUCCUAAAUUCAGUUGUCUGGUUUGCAGGUUGUGUAUAUCGUAUACUUCUCAGUGAAGAAGCUGUUUAAGGUUGGAAAAUAUCUUCCAGUCAGUACCAUUGUUUAAACUGAGGAGGUCUGCUUGAUUUCUUCAUAUUUGACGUGUUGUAUUUCUUUGUCUUGUCUCUGGAGGUUAGUAGCGUGGACGUCAGUUUUUGGAUUUUCUUUUCUUUCUCACUUUCUUUCUGUUUUUUCUGGCCAUUCAGAAUGCCCAGUGCUGAAACAGACUGGUAUCAAAUGGCCACAAAAAUGCCAGAUGCUGAAAAUAAACUGACAUUGUGACUUGGCUUGUUAACUGUAUUAAUACUGUAUUUGCUUGAAUGCAAAAAGAUGUAAAUUAAAACUACCAUGUUAAACAUGUACCUUUUACCCUGGAGGAAUGCCAUUCACCAAGCUGAUUUCUGUUGUUGAGGUCAUUGCGUUUAUGAAACAGUCCUGCUUGCUGGGAGAGAUGUUUUAUGGAUUUUUAUGAGUUUGAGUCAGAGAUGUUAGAGGUUUAUUUUAGUGCUGAAAACAACAAGUCAUCCAUGAUAACAAGAGAUGAUUUAAAAAUGAUUUGGUGGCUUGUUCUCUUUCUGCAGGAUCUUUGCAGAUCUUUUAAUUUUAACAUAUUAUUUCCAAAACAUGAUAACUUAAAGUGUCCUUUUGUAUGUGACCUGUACUAUAUGAUUCAUUUAAUAUUGUAUAUAUGAUUUACCUUGUUUCAUGUAGUGUUAUAUAUCUAGAUUAAUUUUGUACAAAUUGUCCCUCUGUACAGAAUAAAACAUCAAUAGCAAGUGAAAGAAGUCAAUCUGGCACAUACCGUUUUAUUUCUCCUGUUCUGGCUGUACUUUCAGUGACACAAGAAUUUAGAAAAUGUUCUUAUUUUUCUUAUCAAAGUCUGCAAAGUUUCCUCCCUCCUCUAAAUAACUGACAAAUGUCCAAGCCCGUUGUGUGCUCCUAUCACUGUCUUUAGUGGUGUACAACUAUAUAGAAUGAAUAAAGAGAUUAUUUGAAUAUAUAUUUUCAA